UUUCCAUCUGAUAAACAGACAUUUCCACAGUGAUGAAUAGCAAGGGAUGAUAAAUGAAAACAAUAUUAUUGACAACCUGUUCAUUGUAGGAAGCCAGAAGCCUUGCGUGAAGUGUUACGAUUUGUAAAGCAUCUAUAUGGGUUUGUAUUACACCUUUCAGAGCAAACUUUAAUAUCUGAGUCGAUUAAAGUUUUAAUUGGACUUGCAACUCUUCCCACGACGAGCGAUGGCAGAAGUCGGCGGUUUUCUCGGGGCGCUCGAUUUGGAUUUACAAGGGUUUCCAGCCUUCGGGAAUAUUCCCCUGCCGGAGUCGCCUGUGGGUUUGAAUGAGAGAUUGGGACAGAUUGAAGGGAGGUUACAAAGAGGCUCUCUUACGGAUUUUGGACACCUGAAAGGUAUUUUGCGGAGAAGGCAGCUCUACUGUAGGACUGGUUUCCAUUUGGAGAUAUUUCCCAAUGCCACCGUACAUGGGACCAGACAGGACCACAGCAGAUUUGGGAUCCUGGAAUUCAUUAGCCUGGCUGUUGGUUUGGUCAGUAUCCGUGGUGUUGAUGCUGGACUUUACCUUGGAAUGAAUGAGAGGGGCGAGCUCUAUGGGUCGAAGAAGUUGACAGCAGAAUGCGUGUUCAGGGAGCAGUUUGAAGAGAAUUGGUACAACACAUAUGCUUCAACACUCUACAAGCACUCAGACACAGGAAGGUAUUAUUACGUUGCCUUAAACAAAGAUGGCUCACCAAGAGAAGGAAACAGGACUAAGAGACAUCAGAAGCUAACUCAUUUUCUGCCAAGGCCAGUGGAGAUUGAGAAGAUACCCUUGGCUUACAGGGACCUGUUUCAAUAUAGGUGACAGGAUUCCUCACACGGUGUGGAAGGGGCAUGUUUUGAGAAAACCCUGGCAGGGAAGGUUUGAAGAUCUCUUCUGUCCCUCAUCUAGUUGUGUGUUUUGUAUUUGUUUCUCCGUUAUCAAAAUGCAUAAUCAUUAGUAUGCACUACAAAGGUUAUGAAUAUAAAUGUGUGUUCCUGGAUUUAUUCAUUUCAAUUUCCUGUUACAAACUGCACUUCAUAGUUAAGAAACUAUUAAUAUUAAUGCCAAUAGUUGUCAAACAAACGUCUGCAUUUGUUUUAGAGCAACUUGGCAGCUCAUGUAACUUCAUGUGAAUAUUUGAAUCUUGCUCAGUCUUAAGGUGAUCUCUCCCAGGUGUUAUACUUUUUUCCUGAAGAACAUCUCAAAAAUAUGAAAAACCAAGAUACUUUAAUACCACAUCAGAUUGUUCCAGUUAGACAUUUAAAUGGUACAGUGUCAGAUGACUUGAUCCUAGAUCAGGUGACUAACUUCUCAAGGCUGAAAUCCAUCUAAAUUCUGCUUUCUUUAUCUCUGUGUAGCAAUUUUACAAAUUUAGUUUGCAAAGACUGCUUUUAGUCCCUCAUUUAUAAGUGCCUUACAAACAUAGCCAAGGAAAGAUCUGUGGAAGAAUAAAACACUUGCAAAUAUAACGCCAGAAAGGAUGAAAAGAUAAGCACCUCUUGGUACUGUACAGCUGGGAGAUAUCAUAGCUGACUGCCGAGUCUGCUGUUCUCAAUCUAGCCCCUAUGGUGUGGUUUUCCUUGUAUCAAACAAAGAGUUUUAAGUGGCUUUUGAGGUAGACUUAAAGUGGUAAUCUAGGGUCUGAUAGAAAAAUGGUCUUUAAACCCCUAUAUGAAUGGUCCAUCCAGGUUGGUCUUGUGGUAAAUUACUAAACCUCUAAUAGGCACAUUGUAACUGCUAGAUGUGUAGCCAUUCUGAUGACACAUAGAUUAUUGUCAGUGCAGCCCGUCUAGUAGAUUUCAUAAGACUGAAAUACAGUAUAACAGUGUACUGCUGACACACUGUAGGUAGCCUCUACCAAGUCUGAAAGACAGCAGUGGCUAGUCAAACACUUCCAGUACAGAAUUCUAUUCCCAUAAAUGGUGUUAACUUUCUAACAAAUGCUUAUCAGAAUCAAUUGAAUAUUUAAGAAACUGCAAGAACCAUGGGCCAGAUUAAGUCAAAAUGUCAACUCACCUGCUAGUCACAAAGUCUAAUCCACUAUACUUGGGCAGCAGUCCAUUAGUUAAAUACAAGAGCCUCUGACAAACAGAAACCUGCCAUCAAGUAAUGUGUUUAAUAUGUACAAUUGGCAGGAAGAUCCUGAUAAAGACAUAGAUGGGGCCUAUGCAAUAGACUACAGAAACCUACAGUAUGUUAGCAAAUGAUGGCUAGAUGCCAUCAUUGAUAACACAGAUGGAAUACACCUGGUGUCUGGCAAUUGAAGUAAUGCGUUUGAAUAAACUAAUAAAAAUGACAGAGGACAAGAAAAAGGAGUUCCCCCAAACCCAACUUGGGUAUUUCCCAGAUCAGUUUUCCCAAAAGGGAGUCUUUCUUGCUAGAACUGGAUAACCUCCAGUACAAAUCAUUGGAAGACAAGCACCCAUCUUUCUGACAAUUAACAAAAUACACUUAAAAGAAAAGCUGCUGCAAUUAAGCUUCAGGCUGUUUCAGCUUUUUCAGACACAAAAAGCUAUUGUUUUCCCUGCUGAGAGCAGUCAAUAAGUAUGUUAUGUUGGCUUUUGAACUGAGAAUGACUUGUAAUGUUCCAGGUGUGGGGAACAUUAUUAAAUUGUGAGCAAAGGUGGUGUAUGUUUUGGAUAAAACUAUUUAUGAGA